UCGAUCUAGUACUGCAACAGUACAAAGGGCGCGUAAAAGUUGGUGAUCAGCUGCCUAACGACGUAAACAUUUUCGGUGCUACAGUGGAAAUCCAUCCGGAAAUUAUCGUUGCUUUUAGAAAUCUCAAUUAAAAAUGUCCAGAAGUACCCGUCGCAGCGUCCGGGUGAGUGAAGUACUCGAAGAAUCCAAAGAAAAUACCACCCCCAAACGGCGGGGACGUCCUCCACGCAGCAAAAGCGACACUCUAGAGGAAGAGGAGGAAGUCUCGCCACCGAAGCGCGCAAGAGGACGUAAAGCGGCACCGAAGGAAUCCCCAACGGGCGGGCAGGAAGAGGUGAGCGUUACCGCAAUCGGAUGCCUCCCGGAGCGGGAGCGGGAAACGGAAAACCUAGCCCGGCACAUCGAAGGCAUUCUGACCAGCAAUGGAUCGGGAAGUAUUUACAUCAGUGGACCUCCCGGAACGGGAAAAACGGCCACCCUGACAAGAAUCAUCAGCGACCCCAAACUGGCGGAGAAGCUCAAAAUGGUUUACGUGAACUGCACAUCAAUUAGUACUGCGGGAGGAAUUUACAAGAAGAUAUGCGAGGGACUGAAGAUAUCAACCAGUGGAUCUACGGAGAAGGGCUUCCUUACGGCCAUCGAAGCGUACCUCAAGAAGAAACACAAAACAGUCAUGCUGGUGUUGGAUGAAAUUGACCAGCUGGCGAGCAGUAAGCAAACCGUCUUGUACAAUAUCUUUGAGUGGCCCGCAAAGCAGGGAUCCAAUCUCAUCCUAAUCGGCAUUGCCAACGCCUUAGAUCUCACGGACCGAUUACUGUCCAGGCUGCAAGCCAAGUGCGAACUGAAGCCACAUCUGAUCCAGUUCAUGCCGUACUCCAAACAACAACUGGUGAACAUCCUGAAGAACAACCUCCGACAGAACCAGAAGGCCGAAAUGUUCAAUGACGCCGCCCUGCAGCUGCUGGCGGCCAAAGUUGCGUCCACUUCUGGAGAUGCCCGAAGGGCCCUCCUGUUGACACGGACCCUAGUCGAGUCCACCGAUAACGAACACCGUCAGGAGAAGAAGACCAAACCUAAGGAAGUGGCAACAUCCCCGCCGAAAGCCGUCCAAAUCCGAUCGGUCAUCAGCACGCUCAACCAGGUUUACGGAACCACACAGACCAUGACCGAUGACGAGGCCUUCCCGCUGCAACAGAAGCUCCUGGUAUGUGCCCUGCUGUUGAUUCUCAAGGCUAGCAAAAACAAAGACAUCACCGUGGGAAAGCUGCACCAGGUCUACAAGGCGGUUUGUGCCAAACGGAAUCUUCUCUCGGUGGACCAGACCGAGUUCAGCAAUCUCUGCUCGCUGGUGGAAACGAGAGGAAUUUUGCGGCUGCAGGGUAAGAAGGAGCCACGACUGAACCGCGUUCAGCUACAGUGGGACGAAGAGGAAGUGCACAACGCGCUCAACGACAAACAGCUGAUUGCCAGUGUCCUCAGCGAUACGGCCUGCGUGGGCAAGUAAGCUAGCUUUGUCGAAUUACUUUAACGAAUUGUUUUCUUUUAACUUAUUUUGACUCUUUUUUAAAUCCUAAGACUAGACAAUAGACCUUUAAGCAUUGGA